AUGAACUGGGUUUAUAAGAAGUUUUUCCAGCGAACAAUGUACUGAAACUUUCUAACACCUUUUUCCGACAUUUUAAAGUUGUUAUCAAUCAAAAGAAACAAUAAUCAAAGAUUAUUUUUGUUUCCAGACCAAAUGCUGGUGUCGAAAUGAGGAUUAUUGCAACGUGGAACUGGCAGAUCGUGUUGAUGAUGAUUCUCCGAUUUCCCGACAACAACAAUAUUUGCAAAAAACAUUUGCGGAUUCGGAUUCGGCUGAUGUUGAUCAAGCAAUUACUAUUGAUAAACAAUAUGAUGUGAAUGAUCAGAUUGAAGCGGGAGAUUUGAGUGAUGAGAAUUUGGAAAAGGAAGAAGAGAAGGUUCGAUCGAAUCGAAUUGAUGAACGCAAUGUUUUUGAUAUGAGACCGGCUCAAUUGCCAAAACCGGUUGUUGAUGAGUGAGUUUGGACGAUAUAUUGAAAUUUCAAUUUUUUUUAAAUUUUUUCACAAAAUUUCAAAUUCUUAGCCAAAUUUCCAGCCAUAAUUCAAAUUUUGCGGUGCAAAAUUCUUUAGAUCUUGUAGCUGUGACGUCACAAGUGGAUUUUCAUUGUGAAAUUUAGAUCUUUAAAAAAUUUCUUUAGAUUCUGGUCAAAAAAAAUCCGAAAAUCCCAAAGUCCAAUUAAUUUUUUUUAAAUUUUGUUCUAAAAAUUUUCAGAUAAUUCUGAAAAUCUUAAGAAUUCUUGAAUUUUUGAAUUUCUGCUCAAAAAUACACUGAAAACUUUGAAAAAUCGGGGAAUUCUGAUUUUUUUUGAAAAUUUAGAACUUUUUAAAAAAAUUUUCUUGAUCUCAAAAUUUUUAGUCAACAAUUUCCAGAUUUUUCAGAAUUAUCUGAAAUUUUUUGAAAUCCCAAAUUUCUGCUCAAAAUUACACUGAAAACUUUGAAAAAUCAGGGAAUUCUGAUUUUUUUUUGAAAAUUUAGAAAUUUUUAAAAAAUUUUUGAUCUCAAAAUUUUUUGUUAUCAACAAUUUCCAGAUUUUUCAGAAAAUUCUGAAAUUUUUGAAGCUCAAAAUUAUUUUUUGACAAUUUUUUUAAUUAAAAAAUUUUCGCUUCGAGAUAUUUUUGAUUUCAAAAUUGUUGGGCACCAAAAAAUCCACGUGGCAAAAUUUUCAAAACCCAAAUUUUUUUUUUUAAUUUUGAAAUUUCCCAGAAAUUCAGUUUUUGAAAAAAUUUAAAAAAAUUAAUUUAAGACGUGAAUUUUUAUGAAAUUCAUUUUCAGAAAAAUUAAAAUUCGAGAAUUUUUAAUCAAAUUUCAGAAGUGAACUUCUGAUUUUGUCUAAAAAUUUAAUGGGGUGAUUCAAAUCGAAAAAAAAUAAUUAAAAAAAAAGGAUUUUUCUUCCUAUUUUGAGCAGAAAUUCGGGAUUUCAAAAAAUUCCAGAAUUUUCUGAAAAAUCUGGAAAUUUUUGACUAAAAAUUUUGAAAAAAAUUCUAAAUUUUCAAAAAAAAAUCAGAAUUCCCUGAUUUUUUUAAAGUUUUCAGUGUAAUUUUGAGCAGAAAUUCGGGAUUUCAAAAAAUUCCAGAAUUUUCUGAAAAAUCUGGAAAUUUUAAGAACAAAAUUUAAAAAAUUAAUUUUUAUAAUUAAAAACAAAAAUUUUGUUCUAAAAUCCCCAUAAUUUCCCUAUUUUUUAACAUUUUUUUUUUCACACAAAAAUGAAAAAAAAAUAUAGUUAUUUGACAUUUUCUGAAUCGAAGAAAAAUUCUACAGAAAAAUCAUAACGGUGGUUUCAAAAGCCUGAAAAUCUAGAACCCAAAAAAAAAACUUUCAGAUCUAUUCCACCAUGGCGUCGUCGUGAUCCGAAUGCUCAUGAGAUUCUGACUCCACCGCCUCUCCCAGGCUCGGCUCCACGAGUUGUCCUAACUUCAUCCACCUCAACCUCUACCUCAACUUCAACAACCACCACAACUGCACCAAGAACACCAUCCCGUGAAGAGCAGCAAAGACAAUACGAUGAAGCGAUGCGCAGAUGGCAAGAGGAAUAUGAGAGACGCAGACAGCGAGAGCGAGAAGAGGCAGAGACGCAGAGGCGAAGACAAGAGAGAUUGCAGAUUGAGGCGACGAGACGAUUUGGGGCAGAGACGCAGAGAGAGAAUCAAUAUUGGCCGACGAGGAGUUCAGGCGAAGGUUCAGGAGAUUCCACGAGUUCAAACUACAACUACAAGAGUUCAAACUACAACUACACAAGUUCAAACUACAACUACAACUCGACCAUUGAUUAUAACUUAUAGUAAUUAUGAGCAAUUUGCGAGGAAGAAGGAGGAAAAGGUGAGGAUUUUGGGGGUUUCAGAAUUUUGAGCUGAAAUUUGGAAUUUCAAAAAAAAAAUUUUUUUUUUCAAAAAAAAUUUUCGAAAAAAAAAAUUUUUUUUUUCAAAAUUUCACUUUUGAGCAGAAAUUUUCGGGAUUUCAACAAAAAAUUCAAAGAAGCCUAGAAUUUUUAUAAAAAUCCUUUAAAAAAAUUUUUUUGGCCAAAAAUUUCCAAGAAAUUCUGUAUUUCUGCUCAGAAUUACACUGAAAACUUUAGAAAAAUCAGGGAAUUUUGAUUUUUUUUUGGAAAAUUUAGAAUUUUUUUUUAAUUUUUGAUCUCAAAAUUUUCAGUCAAAAAUUUCCAGAUUUUUCAGAAAAUUCUGAAAAUUUUUUGAAAUCCCGAAUUUCUUACACUGAAAACUCCGAAAAAUCAGGAAAUUCUGAUUUUUUUUUUGAAAAUUUAGAAUUUUUUCGAAAAUUUUUGAUCUCAAAAUUUCCAGAUUUUUCAGAAAAUUCUGAAAUUUUCAGAAAAAAAUCGGAAUUUCCUGAUUUCUCAAAGUUUUUAGGAUAAUUUUGAGCAGAAAUUACUAAUUUCAAAAGUUUCAAGAUUUUUCAGAAAAUUCUGGAAUUUUUUGAAAUCCCGAGUUUCUGCUCAAAAUUACACUGAAAAUUCUGAAAAAUCAGGGAAUUCUGAUUUUUUUUUUUGAAAAUUUAGAACAUUUUGAAAUAUUUUGGAUCUCAAAAUUUUCAGAUUUUUCAGAAAAUUCAGAAAUUUUUUGAAAUCCCAAAUUUCUGCUCAAAAUUACACUGAAAAUUCUGAAAAAUCAGGGAAUUCUGAUUUUUUUUUUUGAAAAUUUAGAACAUUUUGAAAUAUUUUGGAUCUCAAAAUUUUCAGAUUUUUCAGAAAAUUCUGGAAUUUUUUGAAAUCCCAAAUUUCUACUCAAAAUUACACUGAAAAUUCAGAAAAAUCAGAGAAUUUUGAUUUUUUUUUUGGAAAUUUAGAACUUUUUUCAAAAUUUUGUUCUAACAAUUUUCAGAUAAUUCUGAAAAUUCUGAAAUUUUUUGAAAUCCCAAAUUUCUGCUGAAAAAUAUUCUGGAAACUUUUCAGAAUUUUUAAGAAUUUCAGAAUUUUUGAUGAUUUUAGACUAAAAAUUUUGAAAAAGUUCUAAAUUUUCAGAAAAAAAAUCGGAAUUUCCUGAUUUUUCAAAGUUUUCAAGUUAUUUUUGAGCAGAUAUUCCUAAUUUUGAAAAAAUUCAGAAUUUUUGAGGUUUUUCUGAAACGCCGCUCGAAAAUAUUCUGGAAAUCUGGAAAUUGUUGACUACAAAUUUUGAGAUCAAAAAUUUUGAAAAUUAAGAACUUUUUUUAAAAAAAUUUGAUCUUAAAAUUUUUAGUCUAAAAUUUCCAGAUUUUUCAGAAAAUUCUGAAAUUUUUUGAAAUCCCAAAUUUCUGCUCAAAAUUACACUGAAAAUUCUGAAAAAUAAGAGAAUUCUGAUCUUCUGAAAAUUUUCAGAAUUUUCUGAAAAUUUUUUAAAUUUUUGAAAAUUUAGAAAUUUUCAAAAAAAAAUCAAUUUUCCCUGAUUUUUUAAAGUUUUCAGUGUAAUUUUUGAGCAGAAAUUCGGAAUUUCUUGAAAAUUUUUUAUAAAAAGCUCUAAAUUUUUUUAAAUUUCAGAAUUCCCAAGGGAAUUUCCGCCUAAAAAUUCCCAAAUUCUCAAAAAUUUCCAAUUUCCAGGAAAAAAUCGUCUACCCACCGCUGAACUUCCGAACUGCCACAAGACCUCCAACCACAACUACAGUACCAUCCACAACCACAACUACAGUACCAUCUACAGUACCAUCUACAGUACCAUCUACAACUACAGUACCAUCUACAACAUCUACAGUACCUCCAACAACUACAGUACCCCGUAGAAAAUCAAUAAUUGAGCCGGAAGAAGAUGAAGAUGAUGGCGAGCCGCUUUUUGUGAUUCGCAAAAAUCCAAAACCGAAUUUGAAAACUGAAAAACCGCCAGAGCUCAAAAUUUUAUUACCAAAAUCCUCCACCGUCGUCAAUUCUGCCACCCUGGUUACUGUAUUAUUGGUCCUGACGCGACAUUUUUUGGAUUUUUAAUUAAUUAAUUUUUUAGAAUACUGUAGUCUUUCUAAUUUUCUAGCUUUAUUUGAAUUUCAUUUUUUCCCGCCCAAAUUUUUUUCAAACAAAAAUUUAAAAAAUUUUUUCAAUUCCUUCCUGUUGUGUGCUCAUUUCCCCCGGGUUUUUUCAUUUUUCAUUUUCUGAUUUUCCAAAUUUUUUUUCGCAUUUUUUUAUUUUCCACCACAUUUUUUCUCCAUAAAUUUGUGCCCAAAAUCGAAUUAAUUGUGAAAAAAAGAAUACGGUAGAUUUGUCGCCCGUCGCAAAAUGUUCAAGUGUCUUCUUUUUUCUUUUUUUCCAGGCGAGGAACAAAGUGUGGGGCUAAUUGGAUUUUGGCGCCGCGCCAAAUUCAAUUUUGCACCAGGAGGGUUUUGGCGUCAAGUGGAAUAUGGUAGAUUUUUGAGGUGGGUUUUUGAUUUGGGCAGUUGGAAAAAUAAAGAAAAUUAAAAUUAAAACUGAAAAAAAAAAAAAAAAAAAUUUUUUUUUUUUUUUUUUUUUUUUUUUAGAUUUUCUAGAAUUUGCCACGUCAAACUUCUGAGAUUUCUAGAAUCCUUGGAUUUUCUGAAAAUUAGGGGAUUGCUCAUUUUAAGCAUUUUCAUCGUUUUCAGCGCGAAAUUUUGAUCUAGAAAAUUGUAAAUUUCAGGAUUUUGGGAUUCAGAAAAAUUCUAGAGCAAAAUUCUAGACGCUGAAAAUCAUGGGAUUGCUCAUUUUAAGCAUUUUCAUCGUUUUCAGCGCGAGAUUUUGAUUUAGAAAAAAUCUUCUAGAAAAUUAUGGAAUUUUUCGAACCAAAAUUUUAAUUUUGAUUUUUUUUUUGAGAAACUGAUAAUUGAGAUACAGUAACCCGAACUGCAAAAUAAAACCUCGGACUGCAAAAUUCCAGGCUACAAAAUUCCAGCCUACAAAAUUCUAAUCCAAACUGCAAAAUUCCAGCCUACAGUAUUCAGAACUGCAAAAUUCCAGCAUACAGUAUUCCAAACUGCAAAAUUCCAGCCUACAGUAAUCUGAACUGCAAAAUUCCAGCCUACAGUAUUCCGAACUACAAAAUCUGGAAAACACAGAUUUUUUUUUGAAAUAGAGCGGUUAACCUGAGCAAUGCAAUUUAAAAUAGAAAAAUAAUUUUCCAAAAAAAAACUAUAACCUGAGCAAUGAAAUGCCACGCACGUCAUAAUAUAGAUACCAAGAAUUCAAGAAAAAAAAACCUAUAACCUGAGCAAUUCUUCUCUAUAACCUGAGCAAUUCUUCUCUUCUAUAACCUGAGCAAUUCUGUUUUUUUCCGGCUCAAGAUGCUAAUCUCAAAAAAAAAAAACUCGUUACCCAACUUUUUUUUUUUUUUUUUUUUUUUUUUUUUUGGCUGCCUGCCUGCUCAAUUUCGUGUCGUUUAAACAAUAUGAUAAAUUGGCCUGGCGCCUUUCUUUUUUUUCUCACCCACUUUUUUUUAUCGUCGAGAGCAUCUGCUCUGCCGAGUUACCGUAUGUCGUGAAGUGAAGUGAAAUGCCAGCCGAUUGGUUGGAACCCGAAGCCACGCCCCCUUUUUUCUCCGGAAGAAGAAGCCGGAGAAAUUUUGUGCAUUUUCAUUUUUCACUCGGGAUUUUUGAGAAGAUGUUGCCGUGGAGUGCUCCGGCUUUGGCUGCUUGCUGGAGCCAGAUUUUUCAGAAUUCUGGUGGAUUCAUCAAUUUUUCGACGAAUUUUGAUUUGAGGAAAGAGGUGGGUUGAGUUAUGACGUGGCAAAACUGCAUUGCUCAGGUUAUGAGAAUUUUUUAAACUGCAUUGCUCAGGUUAACCUCCUUAUUCAUAUUUCAAAUUGCUCUAAUUCAAAAAAAAUCUGUGGUUUCCAUUUUGCAGUUUGGGUUACUGUAGGCUGGAAUUUUGUAGUUCGGAAUACUGUAGGCUGGAAUUUUGCAGUUUGGGUUACUGUAGGCUGGAAUUUUGCAGUUCGGAGGAAUACUGUAGGCUGGAAUUUUGUAGUUCGGAAUACUGUAGGCUGGAAUUUUGUAGUUCAGAUUACUGUAACUCAAUUAGCAGUUUCUGAAAUCAAAAUUUAAAUUUUAAAAAAAAAUCUAGGUCCGAAAAAUUCCAUAAUUUUCUAGAAGAUUUUUUUCUAGAUCAAAAUCUCGUGCUGAAAAUGACAGAAAUGCUUAAAAUGAGCAAUCCCAUGAUUUUCAGCGUGAAAUUUUGUUCUAGAAAUUUUCCGGAUCUUCAAAACCCCAAAAUUUUCAGGAUUUUUGCUCAAAAUCCUUGAAAAAUCCUUGAAAAAUUACGUUUCACCGCAACCCCGAAAUUAUUCUUUUUUUUUCUACAAAUUCCAAAUCCGUUCAUCAUUUUUUUUCCCUCCUGGCUACACAUACAUAUAAUUUUAAUUCGAUUUUCAUCGUUCCCCUCCCAUUUCACACAUGUUUUCUCUUCUCCAAAAAGCCAGAAGGUGACGCGAGGCGGACACAAAAAAAGAUGAAGACCCCCCGUCGUGAAAUUUACGAUCAUUAUCUCGCCUCAUCUUCAGGAGAUGAAAAUGAAAAUAAAAAUGCAAAAAAGUGGUUUUGAAAUUAUGAGUUAUGGGAAAAUUUGUGCCACAAUCAGCUCUAAAACUUUAAAAAAAAAAAAUUUUUUUUUCAAAAAAAAAAAUUAUAUACCGUAGUUCUUUCGUCGCGACGAGACCCUGUGUGUGUUUCAGCUAUUGCGCCUUUAAAAAACUACGGUAUUUUAUAAAAAUCCGGAAAAAAACAAAAAAAAAACAAAAAAUACCGUAGUUUUUUAAAGGCGCAACAGCUGAAACACACACAGGGUCCCGUCGCGAGGGGCAAAAAACUACGGUAUAUAAUUUUUUUUUAUUUUUCGCGUUUUUAUUUUCUUAACGUUCAUAACACUAAUCGAAGAAGUCGAGCGAAGCGAGUGUAGACCGCAAGCUUCCGCGUCAGCGGCACUAUCUUCCGCGCAGCGGCCAAGUUACCCUAACUUUCUAGAUUUUCUGUAGAAGUUAUGGUAACUUUGCCGCUGCGCGGGAGAUAGUGCCGCUAACGCGGAAGCUUGCGGUCUACACUCAAAAUAAUAUUUUGUUCGAGCGAAGCGAGUGUAGACCGCAAGCUUCCGCGUAAGCGGCACUGUCUUCCGCGAAGCGGCCAAGUUACCCUAACUUCUAGAAAGUUAGGGUAAACCGCAAGCUUCCGCGUAAGCGGCACUAUCUUCCGCGCAGCGGCUAAGUUACCCCAACUUUCUAGAUUUUCUGUAGAAGUUAUGGUAACUUUGCCGCUGCGCGGAAGAUAGUUUUAUUAAAAUUUUCCAGCUUCUCGCCCCAUCCACGUCAUCAAUCGAUACAACAGAUUGUGUAGUAUGCGGUGAUAAAUCGAGCGGCAAACACUACGGUCAAUUCAGUUGCGAGGGUUGUAAAAGUUUUUUCAAGCGAUCGAUUCGAAGGAGUUUGAGUUAUACUUGUCGAGCUGCCAAAAAUUGUACAAUUGAUGUUCAACAUCGAAAUCAAUGUCAAUAUUGUCGAUUGAAGAAAUGUAUAAGGAUGGGAAUGAGGAAGGAAGGUAGAUAUUUUGGAAAUCUUAAAAAAUUAAUUUUUUUUUGAAAAUUGCCACGUCAUAGUUCACGUUAAAUUUAAGACAAAAAAAUGUUUUUUAUUGUUGAAAACUGAAAUUUUCUCAUAAUCAAUCAGAAAAUAAUCAAAUCUCGAUGAAAUUUCGUCCAUAGACAGCUUUUAGGGUCAUAAGAACACCCUAAAAAUUUUACUUACCAAUUUAAAAUUUUUUUUUUUUUUUUUUUUUUUACUUUACCUGAUCCAAGUUCUGGGCUCUCAAAAGUUCAAAAAUUGCCAAAAUUGGCUCGUAAAACUUAUCAUAACUCAAUUUUCGAUGAUUUUUAUGAAAAGCGUGGUCGAUUUACCCAAAAAACCAUCAAUAAAGCAAAUUUUCAAAAAAAAAAAAUAAAAAAAAAUUUUCGAAAAAAUAUUUUUUAUUUAUGUAUUUUUGGUAAAUCGACUAUGCUGAUCAAUAUCUGAAACUUUAUUUUUUUCGAAAAUCAUUUUGAAAUCGCCAAUUUCAGCAAUUAUAUUAGAUAUUGAUCAGCAUUUACCAAAAGUACAUCAAUAAAGCAAAUUUUCAAAAAAAAAAAAAAAAAAAAAAAAUUUUUUUGAAAAAAUAUUUUUUAUUGAUGUACUUUUAGUAAAUCGACUAUGCUGAUCAUUAUCUGAAACUUUAUUUUUUACAAAAAUUAUUUUUGAACUUUUGAGAGCCCAGAACUUGGCUUAGAGUUCCUAAAAAUUUUAGGAUGUUCUUAUGAGCCUAAAAAUGUUCGAGCGGAGCGAGUGUAGACCGCAAGUUUCCGCGUCAGCGGCACUAUCUUCCGCGCAGCGGCCACGCGGAUUACUAUAACGUGUACUAUAACGUGUAGUAAUCCGCGUGGCCGCUGCGCGGUAGAUAGUGCCGCUUACGCGGAAGCUUGCGGUCUACACUCGCUCCGCUCGAACAAAAUAUUAUUUUUCGAGCGCAGCGAGUGUAGACCGCAAGCUUCCGCGUCAGCGGCACUAUCUACCGCUUCAGCGGCCACGCGGAUUACUAUGACGUGGCAAAAACUGAAAAAAACUGUAAACCAAGUUUUUGCCACGUCAUAGUUAUCCACGUGGCCGCUGAAGCGGUAGAUAGUGCCGCUGACGCGGAAGCUUGCGGUCUACGCUCGCUCCGCUCGAACAAAAUUUUCGAGCGAAGCGAGUGUAGACCGCAAGCUUCCGCGUAAACGGCACUAUCUUCCGCGCAGCGGCCACCCGGAUUACUACCUAGCGCCGAUCUCAGACUGAAUAUUUCCAGCAGUUCAACGUGGCCGUCUACCCAUCCCAAAUUACCACCAAAAUCCCUUUGCCCUCCGUCCCCCUGUACAAAUUCCUCCUCUACCACCCCCACUUCUCCACCCACCACCAAAACGCCUCGAUUCAAUUUUCGAAUUCGCCGCCCAAACCAUCUUCGCCACUGUGAACUGGGCACGUCACAGUAUGACGUCACUGACGCGCGCGGAUCAAGCCAGAUUAUUGCGAGCCGGAUGGGCUCCGAUUUUUUCUGUUCGCCCUGGCGCAUUCGAAUUUUGGAGCAGAGGGUUUUGAAGUUGAAGAUCUGGAUGAAGAAGUUGAAGAUCUACAGCGGAAGAUUCGAGAAAUUUUGGAGAUUUCACUGGAUGUUGUGGAGAUUUCAUCGUUGCGCGCGAUUUUGUUGUUUAGUUCGGGUAAGUCGGGAAAUUUUUGAAUUUUUCAGAAUUUUUUGAAUUUUUCAGAAUUUUUUUUUUCAGAAUUUUUUGAAAUUGGAUUUGGAAAAUUCAUCAAAUUGUUUUUUUUUUUGGAUAAAAUGAGCAAUGUUUUUUAGAAUUUUCAGAUUUUUGCCUGAAAUUUAGCAUUUUCAAAUUCGAAAUCUGAAAAAUUUCAACAAAAAAUCAUUGCUCAUAUUAUACUUUUGUGAUAAUUUUCUAGUUUUUUCGAAAAAAAUUUGAUCAGAAUUUAAAAUUUCAGAGUAAUAUGAGCAAUGGUUUUUUAAUGGAAUUUCAAAUUUUCAAAUUUUUCUGGAUUUUUUAAAAAUUUCUAGAAAAUUUUCAUUUUUUUCUGAAUUUUGGAGUUCUGAAUCUGAAAUUUAGCAUUUUUAAAUUUUUUUUUCAAAAAAAAAAUUGAAAAAUCCUAAAAUUGCAGCAUUUCAUGGAUUUUUCUCUAGAAAUCUUAAAUUUUCGAGUUUUUCAGAUCAAAUAUUUAUUUUCAGCGAUUUUGAGUAAUUAAAAUUCGAAUUUUUCAAAAACUAAAAAAAAUCCAAAUUUCAAGUUUACCAUGAGCAAUGCUCAAAAACUUCAAAAUUUCGUCUCAAAAAGCUCCAAAUUUCAAGUUUAACAUGAGCAAUGCUCAAAAACUUCAAAAUUGAGCUCAAAAAAAUCCAAAUUUCAAUUUUUAUUUCAAAAUUUUUCAAUAUUUUAUUGCUCAUGUUAAAAAAUUCCCAUUUCCUCCUCCUCGAGCCCCGAAAAAAAAUUCGUAAAAAUAAUCUGUGAACACAAUCUGCUCCUAUUCGGAAUGAAGAAGUAAUCCCUUGUGCCGCCGUGCGGCGCCUUAAAAAAAAAAAAAAAAAAGCCCGCCCCACCUCUCAUGACCCUUUGGCCUGCUCUCUAGGAGUACGGUAGGGGGAUUAAAGGGAGGCAGAGAAGAAUAAUGAUGGGUUACUGUAGGUGGGUCAAAUUUUUGGCCAAAAGCAAUUUUUUUGGGCUACUGUAGGUGUCAGUUUUUGGCCAAAAUAAAUUUUUUUUGACACCUACAGUAACCCAAAAAAAUUGGCCAAAAUCAAUAUUUUUUUCAGAAGACGCGGAAAUUGAGGAAAAAUCAAAAAUCGUGGAAAUUUCCCGAAAAUUGACGACCGCUCUCGAGGAGUACUGUAGAAUGAACAAUAAAGCGGAAAAGGUGGGUUUUUUGGGGGGGGGGAGUUAGCCUAACUCUGAGUUAUGACGUGGCAAAUAAGGUUUUGAGCUGGAAAUUUGAAUUUUCUAAGUUUUUUGACGCGCGAAAAUUGUGAAAUUCAAAAAUUUUUUCAAAAAAAAAUUUUUUUGGCUAAAAUUUUGCUCAAAAAAAUCAGAAAAUUUUGAUUUUUUUUUAAAUUUCAGAAAAUUUGGAAAUUUUUUGAAAUCCCGAAUUUCUGCUCAAAAUUAAACUGAAAAUUCUGAAAAAUCAGGAAAUUCUGAUUUUUUUUUUGAAAAUUUAGAAUUUUUCAAAAAUUUUCAGAUAAUUCUGAAAAUCGUAAGAAAUCUUGAAUUUUUGAAAUUCUUCUCAAAAAUAAAUUGGAAACUUUGAAAAAUCAGAAAAUUCUGAUUUUUUUUUGAAAAUUUAGAAUUUUUAAAAAAUUUUCAGAAAUUUCUGAAAAUCGUAAGAAAUCUUGAAUUUUUAAAAAAUCAGAAAAUUCUGACUUUUUUUUUUGAAAAUUUAGAAUUUUUUCAACAUUUUGUUUUGAAAUUUUCAGAAAAUUCUGAAAAUUCUGAUUUCAUAAAAAAAUCUAAUUUUUGAAUUUUGAGGGUUCGCGCCAAAACUCUUAUAUUCAAAUUUUCAAUUUUUCGCGCCAAAUAAAUCCACGUACAAAAAUUUUUGGGCCAAAAAUCUGAUUUUUUUAAAUUUUGAAAGUUUCGCGCUGAAAAAUUCGUAAUUUUACUUACGAUAAAUUCAAUUUUUGAAAAAACGCGAUUUUUUAUGAAAUUCAUUUUUCACAAAAAUUAAAAUUUGAGAAUUUUUAGAAUUAAAUUUCAGACGUGAACUUCUGAUUUUGUCUUAAAAAAAUUUCGAUUCAGAAAAUGUCAAAAACUAUAUUUUUUUCCUUUUUUUUGAUUUUCUAGAAAAUUUUGAUUUUUUUUCUGAAUUGUUCUGAAUCUGAAAUUGAGCAUUUUUAAAUUUAUGAAUUUUUGAGCCCAUAACUCGGCUCACAGGCCAAAUCAUACAAAAAACUGUGAAAAAUCCAAAAAUUGCAGUAUUUUUAUGGAUUUUUCCAUAGAAAUCCUCAAUUUUCGAGUUUUUCAGCGAUUUAGAGUCAAAUUUUCCAGUGAAAAGUGAAAAUUUGACUGAAAAUCGCUGAAAAACUCGAAAAUUUGUGGAAAAAAUGUCAAAAAUAGGAAAAAAUAUAGUUUUUUGACAAAAAAAAUAUUUUUCAAAAAAAAAUUUUCGAAAAUAUUCCGAUUCAUCUUCCAGCGCUUCGAUCGCCUUCUCGAAUGCCUCAAUCUUCUCCGAACCGCCAACUCCACCCAAAUCUCGCGAAUAUUUUUCGCCAAACUUGUUGGCGACGCCAAAAUCGAAUCGAUAAUCACCGAUUUGCUGAACAUCCCAACAUUCUUCCCCCCAACUCCUUCUAGUCUAUAG